AUGUUGCGCAGUAAUGACGUUUACGCGCAGAGGAAGCCUCGCCCAGUUUGUUCGUGUGUCCUUUAGAUUUACAGUAAACCAGCCCUAUUCUGCAAACAAAACACAUUCAUCAGCGCGUCAUGUUGCUCGCAUUUCUUCUGGCGUGUUUUGUCUGUGGUUCCUACGGAGUAACGCAUGAAGAGUUGUGCUUCGGCCAAACGUAUCGCUUCCCUUUCCAAUACACGCCACCUUUAUUUACCGGGAAGAUAUACUUCACUCCGAAGGGCUCAUCAAUCAGAAGGUUACUGGUUGACAAUGGCGAGGCGAAGGAUCCGCGUGUCCAAGUUACGCACGCUUCUAUGUCCCUGCAAGACCUGACAAAACAAGAUGAGGGAAUUUUCUCCGUCCAACAUACUGAUUACCGCAGCAAUAUUGUCUCUCUGAAAAUAUUAGACUGUGCUGACAAGGUGGAAAAAUAUUACCAUGGGAUGUACCGCUUCGAACUUCUUAGUAGUGUGCACAUUCUGGAAUUCACGCCGAUUGGCAACCCGGACAAAACAACGAUCCUGUGGAACCGCACCGACCCUAAUGGCCGUCGGGCAGGCAGGGGCCAGUUCAAGAACAAUUAUUGGGAGAUUUCAGAUGUCACACAGGACGAUAACGGCUACUACAACUUGAGGCGAAAGAGCUACGCAUUGAUGUCCAGGAAAAAGCUUGAGGUCUCAGAGCAGAGCAGCAGCCAUGAACCCAAAGAAGGCAGUACUUGUUUCAUACAAUACCCUUCUUCCUUCGUUCCAUGGGACGUCACCUUCACUCCGAGUCGGGAGGGGGAUCCCAAAGAUCUGAUGGUGGCUGGAAAUUGGGAAUUUAAGUACCGACUCAACCCGGACAGUUACGGCCUAGAAAUCUUUCCUGUGGAAACAAAAGACUCUGGCCUCUACGAGUUCCGAGACAAAGAGGGCCACCUGGGGUUAUCGGCCAGGUUGUACGUGGAAGAGGCUCACGCUCCUACAUAUGUUUACGUCAUCUUGUUUAUCGUCUUCAUUGCGGGGUUGGCGAUUUGCUGUUGCUGCAUCAGAAGAUGCUGCUGUAAAAAGAAAGCCUCCAAAACAAACACUCCACAGUUAAUAUCAAAUACGCCCACAACGCCUGCUGUGUAUUACCACGGCCCUACUCAACCCGCAGGAACAAGUUAUUACUCAGUGGCGCCACCUGCUGCAGCUUACUCAUAUCAGCCGAGUCCUGCCCAGGCAGCAAGUCCAGCUCCUCCAGCCCUUCCCGCCUAUCAGCCCUACCAGCCGGUCAGCGCUACGGAACCUCCUGUAACAGGACCAACUGUGUUCAACACAGUGGUCGUCCAUCCCAGCCCAGGGCAGCCUGAGACUGUCAUUUCAGGCGGGCAAGACUCCGCCCCAGCCCCGACCUUUGGAUCCGAUCUCCAAUCGUUGGACCCCGGGCCCAGGUUUGAACUCAAAGGGAUGAACUUUUCUUCCGCUCUCAACUCAGACGCCGACAUCUCCAACGUUUACACCUCCAGCAAGCUCAGCUUCAACUGAAGGGCCGCAAGUAGAGAAUGUCGGGUGGGGGAGGAGCCGCACCCUGCCAGGUGUAUCAUUCAGAAAAAAAAGUGUGCAUGUGUGGCUUUCUUCCUGCAUGAACACAUGAACAUACGUCGUCGUCAGUAUUUGUUGUUUUUGUCGUGCUUUUGCUGGCUUUUGAUGGACACUAAGAUACCACUCAGUGGCGUUUUAACCGUGCAUAGAGUGGGAAUGUUACCCACUGUAGGGAGGAGUGGUGCAGCGUGGAAGGCUUCAUGCCUAGUUCUUCCACAGCAAAUUCAUUCAAAAAGGGAUGUUUCUAUUAUACCGUAUUUCCUUAAAUUGCCGCCGGGCAUAUAGUAUGCGCCUGCCUCGAAUUACUGCCGGGUCAAACUCGCUUCGCAAAAUAAUUAGCGCAUGCUUAGUAUUACUGACGGGUCAAACUCGUGACACUUCCCCUGUCAUCAUUUUCAAAAUGGAGGAGGCUGAUUUCAAUACCGGUAAUUUGAAAUCACAUAAAGGGAAGAAGAUUAAGGGCUAUUCCAGGGGUCGGGAACCUUUUUGGCUGAGAGAGCCAAGAAGCCAUAUAUUUUAAAAUACGGAGCCAUAUAAUAUUUUUUUAACACUGAACACAACAAAACGCAUGCAUUUUUAAGAAAGACCGACAUUUUUGGAGAGGUCUCUUAUUCUUUGUAAUAACAUUGUUAUUCUGAAGCUAACUGUGGAGGGGACGUGGCCUGCGGGCCUGCAGCGAAGCGGGGUGUUGCCAGUACCGGCCUCGAAAUCAGCGACAGGUCCGUAGACGGCCCACCUGGGCCUUUUUAUCUGAUCACCUGUUGCUAUGUUAUAAGCAGCAGCCAGAAGGAGAGACAGGCUUGGGGCUAGAAACCAGAGCGCGAGCGAGGACGAAAGAGAAAAAGACAAUUGCUGGAAAGCAACUGAGAGACUUAUUGAAAAAUAAAACAAUAUUGUAACCCUGAAACAGGCUCUCAUGUCAGUGCUUGGUGGUCUGAAGAACCCCCUGGAGGGCAAGCCCCACCCUAACCAAUAAUAAAUAAAUGACUUCUUACCAACUUCUUGAACAUAAAAAUGCAUGACGAUGUUUUAUAUUUUGAACGUUAUUUUUAACACUGUGAUUACAAGUGGAAUUAUUCAUUAUUUAUCAUGUUAAGCAAUGUCAGCUCAGAUUUAUCCAAGAGCCAGAUCUGGCUCUAGAGCCAUAGGUUCCCUACUCCUGGGCUAUUCAGUAUGAUUUAAGGUCCAAGCUAUUGAAUAUGCUAAAAAGAACAGUAAGCAGCUAUGUUUUAUUAAUAUACCGUAGCUGCGUGUGUCAAAUAAGAGUCAUUAAAUGGCUCCUGCCUCCUGGUGAUAGAGGGCGCUAGUGAUCCUUCUUGCGACUACUCGGCUGCAGAAAAAGUGACAACGAGUGACGUGAUAUGUGCUGGGAACGGAUAUGACGAGAGUGGUGCACGACGGACCUUUUAGGAUGUAACACCACUACUUUUAUGCUGGCUAUGUAAACAACGGGACUGAAAUAACGCAUUUUCCAGUCCUUAAUACCCAGUGUAUUAUUUAUACAAUAACACUUCCUGGUGGCAGCGGUGGGAUGAAGAGAUCACCCACGGAACGGGAGGGGGGAGUUGUCCGAGGAUAAUUCCGUCGUCGCCCGCACUUGAGGAGCCGAACUAAAUGAUAGCAGUGGUCUAAUAGCAGUUUUCUAAACUGGACUUUCAAUGGAAGCAGGAGGUAAUAAAGGAAGAUCUCCAUCGAGACAGAGAGACUUUUAAAACUGAAGAAAGAUAAGGAAGACUUCUAUAAACAAGUUAUCGAUGCUUUUGAUCAGAAGGAGCUGGCAUGGACUUGAUUUAUAAGUAAAGGUAAGACCAUAAUAAUGUUUUUUUUUAUUAAAUGUGCUUUUCAUGAUGGUAUCCUUACAUCACUCUCAUAUUUUUACUGCAUGCCUUUGGUAAGCGCAGGAGUGAGAAGAGGUUUUAAAUUAAUUAGCGCUCCGGCGGCAAUUGAAGGAAAUACGGUAUACCGGUUUGGAUUCUCUGUCCGUCGCGGCUGAAAUGUCGUUUUAUUCACCCCUUCUAAGAAUGACAAAUACAAUAUGUCUGCAUAGAAAUAUACAGAGUGACGCAAUUUAUAGUGGUCUCUUGUUUGUCACUGUUAAUUGGUUCCGGACAUGACCGUGAUGAAUGAAUUCCGCAAAGUAGGAAUGAUUAAUGGAAUCUUUUCAGAGCUAGGACAUGAAAAACAUUUAAAUGUGUUUUUCAACAUCCCUCCAGACAUGAAAUAACACCCUUUACACGUCAAAUAAGAGCUGACAAAAUAUAGGAUUUUAGGAAAAGAAAUACUAAAAACUAGUGAAAUGAUCUGUCCAUGCAGCUGAGUUAAUUUUACUUGAUAAGACAUCCUAAAUUAAAAUGUGUAUAUAUAGAAAUACUCAGUGGCCUAGUGGUUAGAGUGUCCGCCCUGAGAGUGUUAGGUUGUGAGUUCAAAACCCGGCCGAGUCAUACCAAAGACUAUAAAAAUGGCAGCCAUUACCUCCCUGCUUGUCACUCAGCAUCAAGGGUUGGAAUUGGAUGUUAAAUCACCCAAAAAUUAUUCCCGAGCGCGAACACCGCUGCUGCCCACUGCUCCCCUCACCUUCCAGGGGGUGAUCAAGGGUGAUGGGUCAAUUGCAGAGAAUAGUUUCGUCACACCUAGUGUGUGUGUGUGUGUGUGUGACAAUCAUUGGUACUUUAAUUUUAAUAAGUGUUUUUUGCCCCAGAAUACAAGCAUUGUUAAAAUUGCAAUUCUUAAUUUAAGAACUGUGCAUCUCCAAAGACAUGCACCUGGGGAUAGGUUGAUUGGCAACACUAAAAUUGGCCCUAGUGUGUGAAUGUGAGUGUGAAUGUUGUCUAUCUGUGUUGGCCCUGCGAUGAGGUGGCGACUUGUCCAGGGUGUACCCCGCCUUCUGCCCGAUUGUAGCUGAGAUAGGCGCCAGCGCCCCCCGCGACCCCAAAGGGAAUAAGCGGUAGAAAAUGGAUGGAAUUUAAGAACUGCAAUUGAUUAUACGUACGUAUAAUCAACAUUGUUUCGAUGUCUUGCGCCUGCUGGGAUGUCGGCCAUCAAAACAAUUGGAGGCGUGGCCAAAAACAUCACUAUCUGAUGCUCUGUAUUAAGUAUAAUUCAGCACUAAUAAUGCACGGUAAGAACGCCACUGAUCAUGUGCAGAAGUAGAAAAUCCCUCAAUCGUGGAGUUACACAUAUCAGCCACUAGGGGUGGGGCUUUAUGUCCAUAUAUGUAAUUAGCUAUAUGUGUGUUUUAUUAUGGACUUAUGAUAUAUGGUAUAUAUAUAAAUAGAGAGAGAGAGCAUACACAUGUGUUGCUGUUAGGAUGUAUAAAAUUAACUUUUCUGCUUCCUCAGGUGACAUCUCCACCAGUGUUCCCCAACCUUUUUUCAACUAGGGACCGGUUUAAUGUUUGCAUUAUUUUCACGGACUGGCUUUCUACGUGUAAAUUAGCCUUUGCCCACAAUCCGGCUCAUUAAAAUGUUAUAUCAAUCAAUCAAUGUUGAUUUAUACAACCCUAAAUCACAAGUGUCUCAAAGGGCUCAAGCCACAAUGAAUUCUUGGGUUCAGAUCCCAAAUCAGGGCAAGGAAAAACUCAACCCAGUGGGAUGGCAAUGAGAACACUUGUUAAAUAUCCAUUGAUGUGCAUUGUCCCGUUACAACCACAAUGGAGUUGUAAUAGUUGUAACAUCUAUUAACAGGCUUAUUGGUGAGUUUAGUGGGACAGGCAAACGUUUUAAGUCCGAGAACAUUUGGGUCGUUUAUAAAUAAAUUAAUGUUUCUAUGCGGCCCGGUAGCAAAUGCGUCACGGACCGGUGGUUGGGGACCACUGAUCUACGCUACACAACUUUGCUUUCAUUGAGCCUUUUACGGAAUUGUGUUACAUGUCUAAAAAAAAAAUUAUGCAUGUUGUUUUUUUUUUUUAUAUGUAUAUAAAAUCUUGUGUGCUGUCUGUGAUACAUUUCAAACAUUUGUAAAGUCUUUUAAAGGCCUACUGAAAUGAGAUUUUCUUAUUUAAAAUAGGGAUAGCGGGUCAAUUCUGUGUGUCAUACUUGAUCAUUUCGCGAUAUUGCCAUAUUUUUGCUGAAAGGAUUUAGUAGAGAACAUCGACGAUAAAGUUCGCAACUUUUGGUUGCUAAUAAAAGAGCCUUGCCUGUACCGGAAGUAGCAGACGAUGUGCGCGUGACGUCACGGGAUGUAGAGCUCUUCACUUCCUUACAUUGUUUACAAUCAUGUCCACCAGCAGUGAGGGCGAUUCGGACCGAGAAUGCGACGAUUUCCCCAUUAAUUUGAGCGAGGAUGAAAGAUUUAUUAUAUACCGGGCGGUAUAGCUCGGUUGGUAGAGCGGCCGUGCCAGCAACUUGAGGGUUGCAGGUUCGAUUCCCGCUUCCACCAUCCUAGUCAAUGCCGUUGUGUCCUUGGGCAAGACACUUUACCCACCUGCUCCCAGUGCCACCCACACUGGUUUAAAUGUAACUUAGAUAUUGGGUUUCACUAUGUAAAGCGCUUUGAGUCGCUUGAGAAAAAAAAGCCCUAUAUAAAUAUAAUUUCAAUUUCACAUUUGUGGAUGAGGAAAGUUAGAGUGAAGGACUAGAAAAAAGAAAAAAAAAAGGUGAUUGCAGUGGGAGCGAUUCAAUUGUUAUUAGACACAUUUACUAGGAUAAUUCUGGAAAAUCCCUUAACUGCUUAUUGUGUUACUAGUGUUUUAGAGAGAUUAUAUGGUACCUGAAAGUUGGAGGGGUGUGGUCACGGGUGUGGUGACCGGCAGUGUCUCUGAGGGAAGCCACGCAGCUGCAGGAGGACGCAAGCUCCGCACAUGUCUACGGUAAGAGCAGACUUAUUACCACAAUUUUCUCACCCAAACCUACCGGUUUACAUGUAGUCGGGAACCAUGUUCGCUUGACCGCUCUGUUCCAUAGUAAAGCUUCACCUUCGGGAAUGUAAACAAGGAAACACUGGCUGUGUUUGUGUUGCUAAAGGCAGCUGCAAUACACCGCUUCCCACCUACAUCUUUCUUCUUUGACUCCUCCAUUAUUAAUUGAACAAAUUGCAAAAUAUUCAGCAACACAGAUGUCCAGAAUACUGUGUAAUUAUGCGAUUAAAGCACACUACUUAUAGCUUGGAUGGGGCUGGAAAAAAAAAAUGUCUGCUACAACCUGAGACGUCACGCGCACACGUCAUCAUACCAACCUUUUCAACAGGAUACUUUGCGCGAAAUUUAAAAUUGCAAUUUAGUAAACUAAAGCGGCCGUAUUGGCAUGUGUUGCAAUGUUAAUAUUUUAUCAUUGAUAUAUAAACUAUCAGACUGCGUGGUGGCUAGUAGUGGCUUUCAGUAGACCUUUAAAGCUCAUAUUUGUCAUCGUGGAACCAAAUUUACUGUUACAUUGUCCAAGCUGCAGUCCUCACACGCACAGGGCCUGACUGUUUCUUCCCACCAAAUCAACCCGACUGGUGCCUACUUUUACGACGGACCUUUCUAUUUCCUUCAGAACUUUUGACGAUAUGAACUUAAAUACCGCAUGCAAAGCCUUACACACAGGAAACGGUGAAAAGGAAUGAAAACACACCUAAGUGGAGGGUCAAACUACUACCUCAUGUUUGGAAGCCUUUUUUUUUUUUCAGGUCCAAAACACGAUUGAUGUCAUUUGUUACACAACAUGCACUUGUAUUUGGGGUUCUACUUGGUUCUCUACCAGGGGUGUCCAAACAUUUCCACUAACAUUUUUAAAGAAUGUUUUGAUAUAUUUUCUACAUCGAAUAUGCAGCCUAAAACUGACCUUAGCCUUUGUCUUGUAAGUGACAAUUAAAGCAAAUAGUAGCUAAUAUACCUCAUUAACAAGGCCUUCAUUGAUUUUUUUGAAUAUGUGGAGGGCCAAUAAUAAAAAUUAAAAAAAAACUAAGCCCUUUGGACACCCCUGUCUUAUACUGUGGUGCCGAUAUAUGAGCUGUGAACUCUCACACUGAUGCUUGGCUUGUGCACAAUUGUUUUCACUUUAUUCUCCUGCAACUAACACGUUUUGGUAUGCAAAAAUGUAUAAAUCAUCUAACAAAACUGUGCAUUAAAGCUGUCAACACCC